AUGCAAAGUUCUUGUGUCUCAGGAGUGAACAGAAUGGAUUCCAUGGAGAAAUUGUCCAUGGGAAUGGGCAAGUCCCUCCCGCCUAUGCUGCCAGAGCCCGAUACAUAUACGGUCGAAUUCGACGAAGCAGACGAUCCGCUACAUCCAUACAACUGGAGCCGCUCCAAAAAACUCUUCACAUCAAUCCUAGUCUGUUUAGGGACUUACAUAGUAUCCUUCAACAGUGCCGUCUUCGCCCCGGCCACCCAGGCAGUUAGCAGAGACCUCGGCGUGUCGAGGGAAGUCGGCACGCUCGGGACCACCUUGUAUGUGCUGGGCUUCGCAUGCGGCCCGCUCAUAUGGGCACCCGCGUCCGAGCUAUGGGGUCGCCGGUGGCCCCUGACCAUCUCGAUGCUCGCGGGAGGCAUCUUCACCGUCGCCUCUGCCGUGGCCAAAGACAUCCAGACGCUGACCAUAUGCCGCUUCUUUGCGGGCGCGUGCGGUGCGGGCCAGCUCACAGUCGUGCCGGGCGUGCUGGCCGACGUUUUCGACAACACCUACCGCGGAGUCGCCAUCCAGCUCUACGCCCUGACGGUCUUUGGUGGGCCGUUCACUGCCCCCUUUGUGGGUGGCUUCAUCACUUCUAGCUACCUGGGCUGGCGGUGGACGCUCUACGUCCCUGCGAUACUAAGCUUUGUCAAUGGGGCAGUCUCGCUGUUCUUUCUGCGGGAGACGUACGCGCCGUGCAUCCUUGUCGAAAAGGCAGCGGCUAUGCGCCGCCGGACUGGCAACUGGGGGAUUCAGGCCCGCCACGAAAGGGUUGAGACUGACGCGCGGGCGUUGGCCGAGAAGUACUUCACUCGGCCGCUGCUCAUGCUGGUAACGGAGCCUGUUAUUCUUUUUGUGUCGAUGUAUAUGUCGUUUAUCUACGGUAUCGUCUACUGCCUCCUCACAGCCUACCCCAUCGUGUUCGAGGAGGUCCACGGCAUGGCCCCUGGCAUCAGUGGCCUUCCAUUCCUCGGCCUCCUUACGGGGCUGACUCUAGCGCUUAUCUUCAUUCUCUCGAAACACUCGGCAUAUGUGAGGAAGCUGGCGGAGAAUGAGAACGUGCCGGUCCCUGAGUGGCGUUUGUCACCUACUCUAAUUGGGGCGCCUAUAUUUGCAAUCGGCAUUUUCUGGUUCGGCUGGACUGGAUUCGACCCUAGGAUUCACUGGGCCGCACCCACCCUGGCAGGCCUGUUCACAGGGUUUGGCAUUCUAUGUGUCUUCUUACCUUGUUUCAACUAUUUGGUAGACGCAUAUCUGCCACUGGCCGCCUCAGCAGUUGCGGCAAACAUCAUGCUCCGCUCAGCGGUUGCGGCUGGAUUUCCUCUCUUUUCCAGGCAGAUGUUCGAAAAUCUCGGUGUACAAUGGGCUUCUACUCUUCUCGGGUGCCUAGCGGUGAUCAUGAUUCCGAUCCCCUUUGUAUUGAGGAAACUCGGCUUGCGUUUAAGGAGGAAGAGCAGGCUUCUCCAACAAGCUUCUGUGUAG